GAUUAACUAUUGGAUCGAUAACUAAUUUUUACGUGUCAUUCAGUAUAAAUUCCAGAAACCUUUCCGAUUUCCGCAGUUUUCUCAAUGGAUACCGUCUAUUUUGCCGCGUUAAUACCACUUGUCUUUUCAAUCCAUCCUGCAUCCUCUCUCCGCGAUUUUAGGUACAAAGUUGAUCUUGACGCUGAAAGAAACUUGGUUUUAAGAUGGGGAAUAGACUAUGAUUCGCAAACAAUUUAUUUUGAGUUGAGCGGUUCGAUUUUAAGGCACAACUGGUUGGCGUUCGGAUUUUCGAACUAUGGCGAUGUGAUAGAUGCGGAUUUGACCAUCUUUGAAGUCCACUCUAACAAAGUACACAUGAAGGAUUGUUGGACAGAUAGAAAUGCAAUUUUACGGAUGGAUUAUCGGCAAAACUACGAGUUAACCACUGGAGAAUGGAAAAACAACAAAUUAUUUCUCAGAUUUCAGAGAAAGUUUGAAACAUGCGACCCCAAUGACUACACUCUUGAUACAGGCACCACUCAUAUUAUUUUCGGUGUGGGGAAUGGUAUUCCGAGGUUUGGAUAUAGGCUUCCAUCUUCUGUGAAGUUUGGUCUACAAAGAGUCCAGCUCCUGAAACCAGAUUUACCGGAUCCGAAUAUCCCCCCGGAUACCUGGUCAUUCGACAUCGUUAACCCAAAGAUCACCAUUCCAGAUCGGGAAACAACCUACUGGUGGUACGUAACCAAACUUCCGGAACUCUAUAGAAAGCACCAUAUCAUAAAGUAUGAAGGCAUCAUUACAGAGGGAAACGCAGAAUUUGUUCACCAUAUCGAAGUUUUUCACUGUCAAGUGGUUCCCCAUGUGACGCUGACGUUAUACAAUGGGCCGGGCAUGGCUGAGGGCAAACCCCCAGAACUAACUGCAUGUCGAGAAGUUAUUGGAGCCUGGGCAAUGGGGGCAUCGGCCAUGUAUCUGCCCAAUGAGGCAGGGACAGCUAUUGGUGGCACACACAUGUCACAGUACGUCUUAUUGGAGGUACACCUGAAUAAUCCAAGUCUGAAAAGGGGGGUUAUAGAUUCUUCUGGAAUAAGGUUUCAUGUCACAAAACAUCUGAGGCGGUACGACUCCGGGAUCAUGGAGUUGGGCCUAGAGUACACCGAUAAAAUGGCGAUCCCUCCUGGUCAGGAGAUGUUUGAGCUGCCGGGAUAUUGCACAAAAGACUGCACUGACAUAGCUUUGCCACACAAUGGAAUCCGCGUGUACGCCUCUCAGCUUCAUACUCACUUGACCGGAAGGAAGGUCUACACAAAACACAUCAGGAACGGAAUCGAACUUCCGGAACUGAACAGAGAUAACCAUUACAGCCCACAUUUCCAAGAAAUCCGCGCGCUUCCUCGCCACGUUCACGUGCUUCCGGGUGAUGCUUUGAUAACUUCUUGUAUUGACAGCACCUUGAACAGAUCUGCGAUCACGUUGGGCGGAUUUUCUAUACAAGAAGAGAUGUGUGUGAAUUACAUUCACUACUAUCCACGUUGUAACCUUGAAGUUUGCAAAAGCUCAAUAUCAGACUGGGCUCUCGAUCAGUUCUUCGAGAUGGCGAAAGCUAGAAAUGACAUAGAAGAUGUUGGUUUGAGGUAUCAGUCUGUGGAUUGGAAUCCUGCAAAAGUGACGUCAUUACAGUUACUGUAUAAAAAUGCACCAAUAUCCAUGCAAUGCAACAAGUCAGAUGGAAGCCGAUUUCCAGGUGAAUGGAGCAGCGAAGCCAUUCCGAGAAUAAUUCUCCCAAACAGAGAACGAUCGAGUUGUUCCAAAGAUAUAUCAUGGUUCACGUAGUUAAAUUAAGUUGAU